UCGCGCAUGCGUGUCGGCCACUACGGCCCAAAGGCGUUGGUGGCUGGUGUCCGUCCGAAGAUGCGUCUCUCUCCGGCAGCAUCAGCACCAGCUCCGCCGCGCUAGUGAACCACAGACCGGGGCACGGAGGAGGGAUACCGGGGGCUUUGGCAGCGGGAGCGGCGCCGGUGCAUCUGAGCGGCAGUAUGGGGGACCAGAAGGAUUCUCUGCGUAAGAUCACUCACACACUGGCUGUGAAGAAUGAUGAGAUCUCAAACUUCAUCUGCACACUGAAGCAGAGCCUUGACAACCUGGAGGCCAACUCUAGCAGAGUGCAGGAGGAUCUGGAGUCCGAGUUCACCAACCUCCACACCGUUCUGGACGAGAUGAAGGACAACAUGGUGACGCGAAUCAAGCAGGAGAGGGCCAGCCGCACAUACGAGCUACAGAGUCAGCUGAGCGCCUGCUCCAAAGCCUUGGAAAGUUCGGAGGAGCUGCUGGAGCUGGCCAACCAGACAAUGUGCUCCUCUGAGACGGAUGGCUUCACUCAGGCGGCCAAAGACAUUAAGGAUAGCGUGACGAUGGCCCCGGCCUUCCGCCUCUCCCUGAAGGCUAAAGCCAGUGACAACAUGAGUCACUUGAUGGUGGAUUUCAGCCAGGAGAGGGGGAUGUUGCAGGGUCUCAAGUUUCUCCCAGUUCCUGCCACUCCGGAGAUCCAGCUUCCAGAGUGCCAGGUGUGCGACAACACAGUGACUGUAGUUUGGACCUUACCAGAACCUGACACCAAAAUAGACCACUACAUACUGGAACAUCGGCGCACAAAUCACGAAGGGCCCCCUCGCAUCAGAGAGGACUACCCCUGGAUGGUGGUGGAGGGUAUACGAGAGAUGGACCACACAAUCACAGGUCUGCGCUUUGACACCCGCUACAUAACAUUCAGAGUGAGAGCAUGUAACAAGGCUGUGGCUGGCGAGUUUUCUGAACCUGUUAUAUUGGAAACCCAUGCCUUCAACUUCAAACUGGAUUCAGGCUCAGCCCACCAGAACCUGAAGGUGGAGGACUUGAGUGUGGAGUGGGACAGUAGUGGGGGAAAGGUGCAGGAAAUUCGCAAAGAAAAGAACCGAACCAAUUCCCCGAUGCACUCCCCAGCCAGGACAGCGCUGAUGUCUCCUAAGAGAGCUCCGUCCACCCGUCCUGGCAGAGACAGGUUCACAGCAGAGUCCUACACGGUGCUGGGCGACACUAUGAUUGAUGCUGGUCAGCAAUACUGGGAAGUGCGGUUUGACAAAGAGAGCAAGGCCUUUGCCGCGGGCAUCGCGCUGCGGAGUCUCGGACGGUUUGACCAACUGGGGAAAAGCGGCGCCUCCUGGUGCAUCCACCUGAACAACUGGCUGCAGCAGAGCCUCACGGCCAAACACAACAACAAGGCUCGAACCCUCGACUGUCCCAUCCCAAACAGUAUAGGAGUCUAUGUCAACUAUGAGGAAGGUGUACUAUCCUUUUACAACGCCAAAACCAAGCAGUUGAUACAUUCCUUCAAAACAAAGUUCCAGCAGCCGGUCAUCCCGGCUUUCAUGGUGUGGAACGGCACCUUCUCUGUAGUAACGGGGCUGCAGGUUCCCAGCGUGGUGCAGAGCGGUCAGAGGAAGAACAGCGGCACCAGCAGCUCCAACGCCAGCCUCACGUAGACGCAGCCACACAUCCAGCUCCGUCUGGCCUCAGUCACCGCUGCAGACCACACCACCCACACCGACUGAAGCCCCAGCCAUAUCACGGAAGAGUCACAUGAAUGGAGCGUGGUAGUUUCUGUGUUGCAUGACGGGGAAGCUGGUCGUCUGCUCCGUCGGUGGCAGGAUCUUUCAAAUGUAUGACUCUAGCUAUUGUGACUGCUUGGGGCACAUUAGGUUUGUUCGUACUAGUUUACCUCUCGCUGCACAUUAAUCCGGCACCGUCCUGCUGCUGCUAGAGCACCGAUUUAGCGCUGGCCGCUGCUUCUUUCAUUAUCACCAAAAGUGUCAGCUGUGCUGUCAUGCCUCCCGCUGCAGCUUCAGGGUCAUGCUCCUCCCUGCUCUAACCCUGUGCCUUCCUGUUCAUUUCCUAACCGAUUUGACAAAAUCGGGUCAUCUGCAACUUCUCACUUGUAUUUCUCCUCCCCUUAAAAUCAUGUAACUGUGUCAGUAUAAGACGGUUGUAACAUGGCGGAACUAGCCUCUACUUAUCAGUCAACCAGUGUAACCCAAAUACUAGCCUGCUCUUAGACAAUGUGACUGUACAGAAAGCAGCUCAUCGCUGAACACAUGCUUAUUCAACUCUUGUCUUAAAUAAUUAAUCAUAAGAAAUGAUUUCUUUGCCAAGGCAUGCAAACGCAACAGUGUUUACUGGAUUUCACUGUAGUCAUGACCCACAUUUUAUGAGCAAAAAGCUGGGUCCUUCAACCUCCCGCUGAGGUUUUGUUAGUGUUUAGUGUCUGUAGUCGGGUCUGACAGACUUGCACACAGAGUUGAGGGAGUUCUCCUCACUAUAACUCCUUGUAGUGAAUUUAUAGUCAAUUCAGAUGUGCAUUCAGAGUUAUUUGAAAUGUCUGUGGCCUCUCACACCAGAUUGCACCAUAAUGCUUCUAUGUUUAUAUCUAAUAACACAAUUUUAUUUGCAGCGGAGAGCUCCUGCUGUGGUUAGUGGACUGUCUGCAGUCCAGAUAUAAUCCAUUAGGUAACCAGUAGCUCCAGCUAACAAAUGACAUGAUCAAGAGUACGCCGUGCUCGGGGGGGACACCUGGGGUCGAGAAGCAAAGUAAUAAACUCUAGAAACAUCUGAAGCCUGAGUAGCUUCUCUCGUUACAGUUCUGCUCCGCCACAUCUCCCCACAUGUCAGCGGUCUCCCGAGUAGCUGCCAUCUGCAAUGCUUUAAAGAAGUGUCCAGCUCAGUGUUUCGUUCACUUUAUUUCAAAUGUCACACUUUUAUUGUAAAUACUUACAUUUUUCCACAAAAAUGUAUCCGUCAUUGAGGUAAUAAAGGAGUGAGAACA